GACAGCUUUUUAGAAGUGUUAGCAUUUUGUGAGCGCGCGUUCACUAUGCGCGUAAGACGACGCGCAUUCAUUUUGAGUUUGAGGAAGGCAUGGCAGUUUCUUUGUGUGUGCUAUCAUGUUAAAUAUUGAGUUGCGUUCUAGCAGAUUCGUUUGUGCUCUCUCUUGGAUAGUGCCAUGCCGCUGCUUCGCAAGAAACCCUUUGUACCCAUCGAUUUGCCCCCUGAUUUGAAGGCAGAUGAAGAAGUAUUCCUCAACGUACUCACGAAAGAGAUAUUCCGGGAUUAUGAGGAGUACUUCAGAAGAUCGAUCCUAUGUAAUUCUCUCGUAUGGAGCUGUGAGUACACUGGUCGAUCCAACUUGACCUUGUCAGAGGCAUUGCAGAGCGAAGCAGAUGCCGCCGAACACUUACGUAAAAUGCCUGUUGUAAUCCAGCAAGCUAUCUGCUUUAUCAUCCACAAGAACGAGAUCGCUAGUCUGACAUCGUUUGUGGACGAAGUCCUGAACUUCUACAGAACGAGGUUCCUGAUUGGUGAGAAAGUCGAGAUAGCAUCUACCGAUAAAGGGUCAUCAAGAAAGGAGGGUAUAAUAACGGACAUUAUGGUAAAUCCAGAUGCAGCGUUCCAUCAUCCCAACCAGAUUGUGUACAAGUGUUGUAUAGUCGGAACUUCUGAUCAUGUAUCUGUCACCGGCAACAAACUCUGUCGAGCUAAAACACUUCUCACCCGAGAAAGAGUAAAGUUGUUAGCCAAGUGCUCUGCUAAGAAAGUCUCUACAGAUCCCCCGCUCUACGCUAUCAAACCGGAAUACCUGACAAAGCUUCGUUUGGACGAUGAGAAUUUCAACAUUCCUUAUCUAGCGGACUACGGCAAAUCAGUUCCUAAAGUUAACAACAAGCGAAAGAACCGUGAUGGUGAUGAGGAAGAGAGGAAGAAAAGUAGAAAAUUGAAGAAGAAACUCGAAAAUGGAGAUGCGAGCAAGGUUGACGGAGAGACUAAAGAAAAAACCUGGAUCUCUCCGGAAGAAAGAAGGAGACAAGUUGAAGAGGAGAAAGCGCGGAAGAGAAAAGAGCGACAAGAGGAGAGAGACAAUCAGAAAAAGUUGCAAACCGCUGAACAAUUGUUUCAGAAAGAGUGGAUGAAACCUCGAGAGGAUUUGUCUCUGACUGACAGUAAGGAGCUACCUCUCAUUCCUCCUGUAGAGACUUCCCUGCCCGUCUCACUAUUCGGCGAGGUCAUACAAAUAUCUGAGUUCUUUCAUCUGUUUGGCGAUCACGUCGACUUGGAGGAAGAGUUUCCGAAUGGAGUUCAGAUAGGAGUAUUGGAGAAGUCGCUGAUAAACAACAAACAAGAAGGAAUGUUCGGAGACCUGGUUAAUUUCCUCCUCAAGCUUUGUUUUGCUUUACUAGAGGAGGAAGACGAGGAGGAGGAGAAAUUAGCUCAGCGGUAUAACUUCGCCUACUCAGCGCCAAGCUUGGACCUGAGUCAGGUGACCAUGUUGCCCAGUGUCACAUGGCAUACCGCCGUGGAAACCAAAGAAGACGACACCCUCCCCUGGAUGGGAGCUGCUCAGGCUCUAUACUUCACUGAUUACUAUCUCGGAACACCACUUCACAAGAUCCAGCUGGACAGCUACACGGUGACGGAAGUGCUGAGGCUCCAUCUUCUGGGUGCUGGUGGCAGAGUUAACGGUGCUAAUUACUACGGCAGGUGGAGGUUCAACCACCGGGGAAUGUUCUCUGAUCACGAUGAUCCCUGUAUAGAAAUCAGAAAUAGAGACCCGAGUCUGCUGAGAAUGUUGACAAUAUCCAAUGUGUUCGAUCUGCCGCCUGCCAGCAAACUGACUAUACUGUCCACGCUCAUCAAUGAAGUUCUCACUUUCGCGCAGUUUCGAGAGAUUAUCGAGGAGGCUGUGGAUGGGUCCCGUGAUGCUAAGAAAGAGUGGAAAAGUUUCGGAUCUGAAAUUCAGAAAAAAGAAAAGGAAGAAGCUGCUACAAGAUACAGAGAAUGGAUAGCAUCUCGUAUCAAGAUAAAGGAAGACAAGAAGAAGAAGAAAAAAGGUCGGCUGAGUGAGCUACAAGGGAAAGAUGCGGACACUUCGCUCGAGAGUGAUCGAUCAAUGGCUGAAACUGAAACUGAUGUUUCAAUGGCAGCUGAGAACGAAGACGAGCCAAAACCAUCUGACAAAACUUCAGAGGAACGUGAAGAGGAGAGAAAGUUAAACGAACUGCAAGAACACAACUUUUACAUAGCUUUCCGAGAAAUCAGCUGCAAAAUGAAAGUAAACCCUCUAGGCAUGGACCGGUACUUCAGGAAAUACUGGUCGUUCCACAGCGUUCCUGGAAUUUUUGUAGAGGAGAGCAGCCUUGAUAUUCGCACUUUGUAUCCAGAUGGACUUAUGAAGAAAGAUGCAAGCUCCAAGGAGCUGCUAAAUGGGCAAUAUCAACUAAUAUCAGCCUCACAGUUACACUACGACAUGAAAACUAACGGUAUAAAAGAAGAGGAUAUUAUCAAUGAAGGGGAAUACUUCGUAAAUCAGACAACUUCAUUACCAGUGCCAGGGGAUAAGACAGCAGGAGGUUUAGCGAAGCAACCAAAUAUAAUUUCAAUCAUCGACCCAGUCUCUAUGAGCACGGAGGAAAUUGUUCAGUUAAAGCUACGCGAAGCAACCCAGAAACACGGUGAAACACCAGUGACAUACACUAAACUCUGCUCCACACCAGGAUUUAAACUGCUGACUCGAGACCAAUCCUCGUGGUGUCACCUUCGUACUGAUACUGAAAUACGAGACUUGGUAAAAUGUAUGAACCCUCGAGGAGAACGAGAAAAAGAUCUCAUCGACAACAUCAACAACGAUUUGAAUAGGAUUGUAAAUGAUAUCGAGACAGUACCUCCUCUCCAGAGAUGUGAUCCCAAUGAGGAUAGUGGUGACCAGACGCCGGACGAGGACGAGACUGAGGAACAGAAAACUGCUCGUCAGAUUCUGAAGAAAACUUCCUCCGAGAAACUCAUUGAAGCCAGUCUCCGUGAGCAGAUCUGUGAUUUAGAAAACAGAAUUUUUGAGGCCAACUUUGGUUCGGUGAAGGUUAAAAACAGGAUGGCAUGGCGGCAGGAGAUUGAAGAUUUCUGGUUGGACGACUCCGUCAAGUGUAAAAACACAGAAGGCGAUGUUCCCGAGAUUCCAAAACCAAUUGUUCACCAGCGACUGAUGGCUUUAAGAGCUUCGCAGCAAUCCAACCAAUCUACGGAAGACGAUGCCUCGUCCCUAACCUCCGGCAGUUCAACGGUCGUUUGCAGACGAUCUAUCAUACUCAAACUCACUCAAGCUAUUCUAUCUGUUGAGAAAGGUGUCCCAGCUAAGUACUUGACGUUGCCUCUGGGAGAUAAUCCUGUUGGAAGAGCCAAAUCUGGAACACAGAGCUACAAGAUUGAGGGAGAAGUUGAUCAGAUCAGUCGGUGGAGAGAGAGUCUGGCUGCGUGCACCAGUCUCUCCCAGAUCCUGCUCCACAUCUCAACUUUUGAUAGCAGUAUCAUGUGGAGCAAAUCCAUCCUGAAAACUAACUGCAGAAUUUGUCGUCGUAAGAGCGAUCCAGAUAAGAUCUUGUUGUGUGAUGGCUGUGACCGAGGCCAGCAUCUCUAUUGCAUGAAACCAAAGCUUAAAUCUAUUCCGCCUGGGAAAUGGUUCUGUUCAGCCUGUAAACCAAACACUAGAACGACAAGAACGAGGAAAGUUAAAAUUGUUGAAGUGAGCAGUGAGGAGGAAGACGAGGAGGAGGAGGAGGAGGAUGAGGAUGAAGAAGGAGACAGUGAAAAUGAAGAGGGGAGUGAGGAUGAGAACAAGGGGUCACGAGAGCAACUUCCCCGAACAAGAUCCAAACGAAAAAAUGCCGCCACCUCCAAUCAGCCUUCUAAAAAUGUCCCGUUAGCGGACAAGCUAAAACUCUGUCAGCAAAUUGUGAACAUCAUGCAAGAAGACGAAAAUGGCUGGCCAUUUUUGUACCCUGUGGAUGGCGCGCAGAUCCCAGAUUAUUACAAAAUUAUACCCAACCCCAUGGACUUGAGCACUGUCGAGAAAAAGCUCAAAUCAAACAGAUACCGAAAGUUAGACACUUUCAUAGAAGACGUAAAUCAGAUAUUUUUGAACUGUCAGCAUUACAAUCAAAGUCGAGCCCCAGCGUACAAAGCUGGAGUGCGACUCCAGAAGCUUUUCACCAAGAAGGUGACCGAAUUUGGGUUAAACUAAUGUUUUUUUCUUAAACUUAACUUCAAAUAAACCGUUUAAUUUAUUAUUCAUUAUUGAAUUGUUUUUUAUGUUUUCGUUUCAAAUCCACAUGAUAAAGCUGAUUGCUUAACUUAAAUUCAGUUAUUCCGUUAAUCAAAUCAUACUAUUACUAACGAUAGACCUCAGAUAUGCAUAACAUACCUAUUUCAUUGAUAUUGAUAUUGUUAGCCAGAGUUUGCCAGCCUUUGCAGAAAUUCUGAUGAGUCUUCUUUCUAGCAUGAAAAUAGCGUCAAUUUUUUAAAACUGUGAUGAAUUGACCUACCAGAUGUUCCCAUUGAAUUUGAUUAUAUUUUACAUUUCGAAGGGCACUGAUUAUUGGUUUUGUUUGAUCAUUUCCAUUGGUUGUUUGCUUCUCGCAUUAUAUGUGACGUGUUCCCUGCCGGCUCUCCGGAGUUGACAAUUUUCAAAUGUUUAGUAAAUGAUAGGAGUUUUUUCUUAGGCUGCAUAUGAGUAUUACUAUAAUGUUUAAAUAUGCAUUUAUCAUCAUCUCUAAAAUGAUAGUAUGUGUAAUAUUAAAGCUAUUUGUCAAGCUUGAAAUUAAAUCAAAUUAAUGUGAAUUGAGAUGAUGUUUUCUUUGUAGCAAACUGAAAUGCAGAUUUAUUGUUCAGCUUCUAGAAGGAUUAUCAAUUUGC